AUGUGGGACCGCAGUAGUAAUAAUCGGAAAUGCCCCGACGAUUGCGAUGCAAAAUAUCUCUAUCGACGCGAUAUUUACUGUGACUUGACGAUCAAAUCAAGUGGAAAACCAAUCACCUACAAAAUCAACUAUUUUGACGUCCAUCCUGACUGCGGAGAUUACCUUCAAAUUGGGGAUUCUGUGAAAUGUAUGACAGUCAUACUAUGA